UGCAUUGGAAGCAAACCUGUGUGACGUUGGUGCAGUGUAUCUGGCUGAGAGGAAGACGUGCCGUAACUAGGCGAGUCGGUGCUGUACGUGUGUAGGACAUGAUCAAUCUGAUUUAACACAGUAUUUAUUUUCUUUACGUGUGUUCGGCGUUAUUUACUUGCUUUACUUCCCGUGUUGGCAGUUUACAAGUUGUACACCUAUAUGACCGGUGUUUCCUAGAAGUGUCUUCAUGGACAAAUCAGACAAUAAACAUCAAUGUCGGCACCAAAAAGACAGAAGUUUCAAUCAAAAACAAUGCUAAUGAAGCUUCGUAAAACUGUUUUCAUAAUGUUAAUAUUUUCGCUAGCAUCUGUGUAUACUUAUAACAAUUAUGGUUUGGGCUUUGCGACUAUGGUUUCUCAUCAUGGAUACGGUACCAGGGCUGGUAGUUAUAUCAAUAACUCGACACAGGAACGGAUUAGAGCAGAACACGUGUACGAUAUUCAAGUAGAAAACUCGACGAUACGAGAGAUCUCACAGCAUAAUCCAAUCACGCCUUCGCAACCAUUAGGUAAUUCUUCAAUGGUACCGAACGAGUCACCACAACGUCGAUAUUUACUUCCAUUAUUCUUCACAGAAGGCGGUCCAAACUGGCUGUAUAAUAGCUUCCGUAUAUCAGUACGCUUAGCGCUGUACCAGCAACGUAGCAUUGUGUUGCUGCCGUUUCACAAGCACUUCGUGACACAGAAAGACACCUCGUCUCGCAUUAGAAAUUUCAAUGACACAUUCGAUUUAGAAAAACUUCGCCAACUGCUUCCGCUGGCGACGACAGACGAAUUUCAGCGGGAGUGCGGCGACAAUUUGACGGCAGAUGACGUCAUUCUCAGCAGAUUAUUUCGAAAACCAAGAAGUAAUAUACAGUACCUCAAAGAAGGAUAUGCUAAACACGUUGAUCUUUUCCGAAGUAUGUUUGGAUUGGUUCUCCCCAAUGCUGAAGACGUUUGGGAUUCAACGUAUAAUGUAAGUGCUCGCAUCAGUACGUCGCCCAAUUCCAGGUGCCUUAUUGUCAGCAGCCCAUGGGAAUUGCGCCAUAUGGAGUUACCAAACGGAGAGGAGUUAUACAGGAGAGUCGACAAGCACUUUGUGAGGGCGCCAUACAUUGUAUCAGCGGCCAACCUGUUGAGUAGACAGAUUUGUGACGGUGGUAAGUUUGCGGUCUUGCACUGGAGAAACAGAACCGGGGAAACUGGCUGCAGACCUGGCGACAAUUCUGAUGAACAUUGUCGGUCCGUCCUUGCCAGGCUAGGGAGUAUGUAUAAAUAUGCUGGAGUUAUUGUCCAAUCACUGACGGAAAGCAUGAAAUCACGUGGUCUAGAAUGUUUGUAUGUUGCUUAUCCACUCUACGAUCAGGCAAUAUUACCUCUUUUGGGAAAAUCUACACGUCUAUAUACUCGAGACGACAUCAUUCCCCCGUCAAGCGAUAUUGCAGAGUACAAAGAAGAUAAUUACGUAUGGUCAUUAAUUGAACAAGAAUUUGCACGUAAGGCCAAGCUUUUUUUUGCAUGUGCAAAAUCAAAUUGGUCGCAGCUUGUAAAACACGGCAGAUUGGAAGAGACAAUAAAUGUAAAGGAUUUGCCUGGAUUGCCGAGUAAUGUUCGCAUGAUGGUGCGAUGA